UCAAAAUGGCGGACGACCAUUUAAAAUUUACUUUCAAAAUUUAGGGACAUUUUCCUAAAUUGCAUCGUUUGUGUAAUGCCAUCUGUUAAACUAUAUAGUUAAGCUUAAUGGUAUUUAUUGCUUUAAACCAUAUUCAUGGUAAUAGGACAUCAAAUGUGUUCCAAGAGCCUGUAAUAGAACACCUGGAAGUAAGCACUGGAUAGGGAUUUGGCCUUGGCUUUUGGCUCGCCUUUGGACCGAGCCGGUAGACCAGAGAAAAUACAAUGGCUGGGCUUGAUGGGCAGAUGUUCUUUAUCUAUGACCAUACUGUCAUACAGGGAGAAGCAGAUGAUAUCAAAGAUGCCAUAAAAUACUUCUAUCCACCUUCAAUUGAUAUAACCAGUAGAUGUGAGACAUGUGGUCAGCUGAUGGGGAUGGUGGGAUUCUUCCAGGAGUUUUGCCAGUCUCCUCCAAGUAUUAUACAAUUACAGCAUGAUACAUAUGCACUGAAACACUGUGAACAAUACACAUGGGCUCUCGCCUCCGCCAGUGCUGAACCAAUCAAAUCUGUGGAGAGACAGCUUGACAAACUGUUCAACACAUUUACGUUUUAUCAGCAUAGCCUCGGAGAGGUACAAGAGAGGUGCGGUGGGGAUGGUGAAACAUUUACCAGAGAGUUGCAGUACAUCUUUGAUUGUUACCUGCCAUAUGUACGUUGCUAUGGUGACCCAGUUGCAUCAGCAUUCCAGUCUAUUCCAUCAGUCGUGCUUCCAAAGAAUGGGGCCAGUAUAUUCCUGAAGGCGUCUCACAUGUUGCAGUUCAGUCAGAGAAGGGCAGGUGUCAUAGCUGGAUGCCUCUUCUAUAAAAACAGGGUGCUAUGCAGCCAGUUGACAUCAGAGCUGACUGACAGAUUGCUACUGAUUAGAGCCCAACAGAGUCAUCUGCCUUGCAAAACAAUCACUCCGAGCUUCAACAUCCCUAUAGGUGUCAGGCUGAUCUCAGUCCAUCUAACACCAGAGGAAUUUAUGAUGUUAUGCCCAUUACAUCAUCAGGAACGUCAGCGUUACACUUCCAUCAUCAACUUUGAGGGUGAAAGCCGCAUAUCACAAUCCAGUAAUGGUGCGUCAUCAGAAACUGUAUUAGAAGACAAUGAUUCCGUGUUUUAUGCUGAGUCAUCCAGUACAUUACAAAAUGGCCGACUUUCCCGCCAAAAUUCCAGUGCUUUGCACUCCAGGCAGGGUUCCUCUAGUGACCUUGAUUUGUCUUAUUCUACUAGUGGAGAUGGCUAUGAUCCGACAGGGUCACCAUUAAAAAAAGACCCCUUAGGUAGGCUGACAGAGGUAUCUGAACAUGGUAUUGCUACCAUGGCAAAGUAUGUUAAGAGAUAUCAAACGAUCGAUACAGAUGAUUCAAAUAAUGAAGAUGAGUCACCUGAGUCUAAUAGACUCACAGUUCAAGCUGAUGUACAUCAAUCUGGAAAUAUUUCAAGUUCUCCUAUCCUCAAAAGUCCGAAAUCCCUUAAAGGAGUCCCAAGAGAGCCUGAUAUUGAAAUUAACCAACAUUACAGUAGAAAUCCUAGAAAGUCUCUAAGAGAUAGAGUAGAAGAUGCUAUAGCCUCACAACAUGAAAGCUCAACAACCAACAGUAUUGACUCCAAUAGUGAAGACAAUACAAAUAGUCACAAUGAAUCAAGUCAUAAUACACAUGUGAAUAAAGAACACAUGAAUCAGUCAGAUGCUAAGCAGUCAGAAGAACACACACCAGAUGUUCAAAAACCAAAUACCCAGCAAGGUUCAGACAUUCCACAUAAUCAGAAUGUUCUUGAAAAUUCUAAACUUGAAAAUCAUGGAAUCCAAAACAAUGAGAUUACUAGUAUCCCAAGUAUUGAGGGUCAAAUAUCUGAAUCUCCUAAUGACCUUGGAACAUCUAAUGACCAGUAUAACCAAAAUAUAGGAACAGCUUUUCAAGGUACAUCUAGCAUUACUCCAGCUGAAAUUGAGGCUAUAAAUGAUAGCAAUACUCCUUCCAUUAAUGCUGUGGAACAUGUCACAAAUGAAGUGAAUAAUUCAGUUGAUAAGAUAGGACAGAUUGAAGAAGUGAAUGACACAAGUGCUAGACAGGAUGGCGCCCAAGUCCUUAAAGAAAUGAAUAGUACAAAUGCCAUGAUAGGACAAAAUGAAGCCCCUGUGAAGUGUGAAGAAGAAGUGAAUAAUUUAGAUGAUAAAGAAGGACAGAACGAUAACACAGAAAAUCUUGUAACUGAUUCAGGUGUUGAUAUUAAGGAACAAAGUUCCAGCUCAGAUGAAAACUCCAGUCAAACACACAGAGACAAUGAAUCCACCAACCUUUCCAGACAGUUAAAUGAUGAAUCAAUAGAUACAAGCAACAGAUUAAAUAAAAGUGGCAUUAACUCAAAACAAAUCAACAUUGUCUCAAAACAAGAACUCAAUGACUCAAAACAAAUCAACAUUGACUCAAAACAAGAACUCAAUGACUCAAAACAAAUCACCAUUGACUCAAAACAAGUGCCCAAUGACUCCAAUGAAGGCAGCCGUAAAAUAAAGAAAGACUUGUUAACAAGAAGGACAUUACAGAUUCUCAAUGCACCUUUAAAAGAUCACAAAGCACAAUUAGAAGAUGGAGAUGAUGAUAAAACACCUAUAUAUGAAAACAUCCCAAGUAUUUUACCACAGGCAAAAUCCCAGCCACAUGAUGUCACUACAAAUGUCACCAAACCUGAACCAAUCAACAUUGAAACGCCAGUAGCUGAUCAAUCCAACCCUGAUGACUUGAAUAAGCCCAAAAAGGGUAAACCCAAUGUUCCGUCUCACAUGGUAUUUGAUGUAUCUAAAAUCGCUAACCUUGAGGAAAUGUCUGUAUUUGUACAAGGACACUCUGAGAUGGUUAUGCUGCUAUUGGUAGAGAAUGACAUGGUAAACAGAGAGGCUACUAUACAAUCUUUGUGGAGGUUUGCUCUGCCUCAACUAGCUGAAUUAGAAGGCAUGAUAAAAGCGGUCUCAUCACAGAAACAGAACACCCCUGCAGACCACUAUUACUUCAUAAGAUAUGACAGUUUCCAGAAAACCUUGGAAGGUAACAUGUUGUACCCUGUGACUCUAUCUGAGAAUGAAUUCUGUGAGCUGUCACGUACAAUACAUGAAGAGUUUAUGCAAAAUAAUAAACUCGAACAUGUAACUCUGAGGUCUCACACUGGGAGCUUCUUCGGGAGUAACACUGUGAACCAUGAAACGUUCUUUCAUCCUCAUCCCUCAUCACGUCCCCCAGCUGGUAUACCGAGUCCUAAAGAUCCAAACUUCUGUCUGCGGAGUAAAGCAGAGAACAAACUAUUAAAGGAUUAUAAAAUAAC